AUCCAGGAGCUGGAGUGUCGACACAUGGUGGUGACUGAGACUCCCUCCCCAGCAGUGGUGGCGCAGACCAGCAGUGUUCCUCUGGUGGCUGGUACAGUCACAACCGUGCAGCGACCGGAGAGCUCUGAGAGUGAGCAUUCGGAAGACAUUGUCAGUGUCAGCGGCGGCGAGACCUUUCAAGCCAUCCGGGAGGUGCAGUGGUCACAGACCUCCAGGCACAUGAUGCAGGAGAAGGGACUGUACAGGAAACAUUCUCUGGACCAUCCCCUCCUGAAGGGCUUCGCUACAUACUUGGAGAAGGAUCUCCUGAAUGAAAAUUUUAAGCAGGAGGUGGAAAAUGUCAGCAGGUUCAUGUUUUAUAUGAACCCUCUGAAGCCUUCCCUGGAAUUUGUCAGGGAGACAGAGAAGGCCGGGCUCUUCUUUCGGGAGCUGAGUGAGGCCGGGCUGUCCGGGCAGACCCAGGCGACCUACCUGAAGAGCCUGAAGAGAUUCCUGAAGUACCACACUGUCGUCACCGACCUCCGGCAGGACAACAGAGGACUGUGGAACGAUGCCAAGUUCUUCAUGGAGGACCUGAGCUCACUACAGCAGAGCUGUGCUAAGCUGGUGAUUAAGGAGAUCAUCCAGAGGAGGUGAGUUCAAUCGUUAUA